AUAAGCCGCGGCCGGCCCACGUGACUCCUCUCCAGUGUCGCCGCCGCCGCUCCUGCGCCGCCAUCAUGGACACCAGCCGCGUGCAGCCCAUCAAACUGGCCCGGGUCACCAAGGUGCUGGGCCGGACCGGCUCGCAGGGACAGUGCACGCAGGUGCGCGUGGAGUUCAUGGAUGACACCAGCCGCUCCAUCAUCCGCAAUGUCAAGGGCCCCGUGCGGGAGGGCGACGUGCUCACGCUGCUGGAGUCGGAGCGGGAGGCCCGCAGGCUGCGCUAGCGCCCCCCCCCCCCCCCCCGUGAGUGACACCCCCCUGGAAGCUGGGGUUUGGGGGGUGUUGGGGGAGGUCUCCUAUGGGAGGAGGGGGCUCAGCCUCUCCUGUUCUGCUCACAGGCUUCCAGGUCCCAGAUGUCGGCUCCACCACCCAGCCCUCGCCAGGAUGGCCGGCCACUGUUAAUAAAGCAUUUGUAUUGAUCCUGGGCGCCUUUCUGUCUGAUUGGGGGAUCAGCUACCCACAGUGCACAAGGACCCAGGUUCAAGCCUAAAAAUAUCUUUAGAAAAAUUACGGAGUGGUCCAGGAGGUGGCCCGGUGGUAAAGCUUUGGACUCUGAAGCGUGAGGUCCCGAGUUCGAUCCCCGGCAGCACGUGUGCCAGAGUGAUGUCUGGUUCUUUCUCUCUCCUAUUAUUUCUCAGAAAUAAAUAAAAUCUUUUUU